CGCGGGCGAGCAGAUGCGGCUGGAGGCGCGCGGGAGCCGGGCGCGAGCAGGGCGCAGCCGCGAGGGAGGCGCGGGGGAGGCCAGCGGGAGCCGGAGCACCAGCAGCAGCCAGUGUCGGUGAAGAGCAGCCGGGCGCAGCCAGAGCCACAGUCGCGAUGGCCGUGGCGGUGGGGAGACCGAGUAAUGAAGAACUGCGAAACUUAUCACUUUCUGGCCAUGUUGGAUUUGACAGUCUCCCUGACCAGCUGGUCAACAAAUCCACUUCUCAAGGAUUCUGUUUCAACAUCCUGUGUGUGGGAGAGACAGGUAUUGGCAAAUCCACAUUGAUGGACACUUUAUUCAACACCAAAUUUGAAAGUGACCCAGCUACUCACAACGAACCAGGUGUCCGGUUAAAAGCCAGAAGUUACGAACUGCAGGAAAGCAACGUACGGCUGAAGCUAACCAUUGUUGACACAGUGGGAUUUGGAGACCAGAUUAAUAAAGACGACAGCUAUAAGCCCAUAGUGGAGUACAUUGACGCCCAGUUUGAGGCCUACUUGCAAGAGGAAUUGAAAAUUAAGCGUUCUCUCUUCAACUACCACGACACGAGGAUUCACGCCUGUCUUUACUUUAUCGCCCCCACGGGACAUUCACUGAAGUCCCUGGACCUGGUCACCAUGAAGAAGCUGGACAGCAAGGUGAACAUCAUCCCAAUCAUUGCGAAAGCCGACACCAUCGCCAAGAACGAAUUGCACAAGUUCAAGAGUAAGAUCAUGAGUGAACUCGUGAGCAACGGAGUCCAGAUAUAUCAGUUCCCCACCGAUGAGGAAACGGUGGCCGAGAUUAAUGCAACGAUGAGUGUCCAUCUCCCAUUUGCAGUGGUUGGCAGUACCGAAGAGGUGAAGAUUGGCAACAAGAUGGCGAAGGCCAGGCAGUACCCUUGGGGUGUGGUGCAGGUUGAGAACGAAAACCACUGUGAUUUUGUGAAGCUGAGGGAGAUGCUGAUCCGAGUGAACAUGGAGGACCUGCGAGAGCAGACGCACACUCGCCACUACGAGUUGUAUCGGCGCUGUAAGCUCGAGGAGAUGGGCUUCAAGGACACUGACCCUGACAGCAAGCCCUUCAGUCUCCAGGAGACAUAUGAAGCAAAGAGGAAUGAGUUCCUGGGAGAGCUGCAGAAGAAGGAGGAGGAGAUGAGACAGAUGUUUGUCAUGAGAGUGAAGGAGAAAGAGGCGGAGCUCAAGGAGGCGGAGAAAGAGCUUCAUGAGAAGUUUGACCUCCUGAAGCGGACUCACCAAGAGGAGAAGAAAAAGGUGGAAGACAAGAAGAAGGAGCUUGAGGAGGAGGUGAGCAACUUCCAGAAGAAGAAGGCGGCGGCUCAGCUCUUGCAGUCGCAGGCCCAGCAGUCUGGGGCCCAGCAGACCAAGAAGGACAAGGAUAAGAAAAAGCUCUAGGGUCUUGUGGCUUCCCAGUCACCCAGAAACAACGAGAAGCCUCACAUCUCACGAUUCUCAAACGGCUGUUUGAGCGCACGACCACGGGACCACACUUCCUUCCUCUCACAACCGAGAUACGGAGAGAAUACAAAAUGUACGCAGCGCUGAGGUCCGGAGGAAGGCUAGUCAGGAAAACACGGCGUUACUUUGCAAAGGUACAAGAUAAAAUCUUAAUUUAGAUCGCUCUUGGAAGAAAUUGAUCUACAGAACUAAGGAGCAGCUCCUAAUUUAUAAUGUGCAUGAAUGAAGCAAUUUAUUAAAAACUAAUCAGAGGGCCUUCUUGGCUGGCAAAGGUGAGUGGCACACAGUUCCCUAUUGCCCUAGUUGGAUCCCUGGAAUUGAUGUGAAUGUGAAAGGAGAGAGAUUACUACAUGAACUUGUGUGCCAUGGGUUCAACUCCCUACCAUACAAAUGACAAUAAAUGAAUCAAUAUUUAAAAUAUGCCCUUGGUAUUUGAUAAGUUCCAGGGAUACAUAGAAUGAAUAUACGGAAUGUUUCUAUGUCUAAAAAAUUCACCACUGAUCAUCAAAAGCAGUGAGGUAGACGUUGCUGCCCAGCCCUGAUCCCUUUUACAGGCCUGGAGGUCAUCCAUCCACUGUUCACUGCCACAGAUAACACUGUAGUGGCUUUCUUCCGACACUUGACUGUCUUUGUGGACCUGCCUAAUGAGACUGGUGUGGGAUUCAUAGUGAGAACUUGUCUCAGAGCAAUGGAUCCAACAAGGCAAAAAUGAAAAAGCAACAUUCCAGCACUAGUCAAUUGUUGGCAUGCUGCUCUUCUAGGAGCUUUGCAACACUGUUGUGUGUUAACAAUAGCCCAACAGGUGGUGUCAUCCUCUUCAAAGAGGAGGAAACUGAAGCACACAGCUGUAAGCAACUUUCCCCACUCCUCACUAAAGGAUUUAGAGUCAGGAAAUCUGGCUAGAAUUCAUAAUCUGACCAUUAAAGACUCAUUGCCUUUCGAUGAGGGUAGCGGUUGUUAAGGAGAGCUAACGCUUAGGAUUCUCCAGGUACAGAUUUUUACGGCACACAGAAUGAACUGAAGAAUCUGAGAGAACAAUUUAGGAAGACAUCAUCUUGAUUCUCACAUUGUAGUAACGAACUUCUAGAUUAAGCGGGUGGGGUCAGUUUCUGUGGUGAUCUGCGGUCCCUUAAAUGACAAGGGUGUUGAAAUGUGGGUGAUGAUUAUUAAAACACAUGUGAACACCAAUGUUUUUAUUAAAAAGCCCAGCUGGGUUUUACGAGAUGUUUGUCUAUUUGCAUUUUAAGAGGAGAGAGACUGCAAAGUGCUGAAAACUCAUUUUAAAAUAUCCCCCUUACAACUUAUUAAAAAUUUGAAAUUGUUUAUCAUUUAGAAGAUGCUACACAAAUGCAGGCUUCCCAGGAUUCUGCAUACCAUGUCACUGGCUUACAGUGUUGUUUAUUAUGCAAAGAACAUAGUAUAUUCACUAUAGGAGGAAAACUCCAAGAUGGCAGGCAUUACAGUGUGUCUAGAAAACAAGGCUGCCCCUCUGGAAUGAGAGCAGAAGCCGGAGUGGUGCAUGUCAGGAGACCAUUGCCAAGAGUACUUGCUGAGGUGGAGCGUGCCUUCAUGUGUCCUUUCUUCACUUGUUAAGCUGGCCCAAGGUUCCUGUUAGAGUCCCAACAAGAGUUAAGAAUGUGUGGUGGCGGACAAACGUAGUCCUGACCCUUGGGAGGCUGGAACAGGAGGUAUGCUUGAGCCCAAGGGUUUGCAACAAAUCAACAUUCAAGACUCUGACGCAUAAGAAUGUAUAAAGAAGUAACUACAACAAGAAAUUAGGUCUAGCGAGCAUUUAUUGUAUUUGGAGUGUUCCACUGUACCAGACUAUGUAAGCCCUAACACAGGGCACUGUUCCAGGGAAGGGAGGAGAAGACAGGGAAGGGAGAGGAGAGUGAGAGGAAGGUUCAGAGGUAAGUAAGGGGUAAGAGCUGGACUAUGGGGAAUUAUUAUGGGGGACAGCAAAUUCAGUUGGGGUAACAAAAGGCAGGCUCUGAGAAAAACACUGAAAGAGAGCUGUAAAAGAGAUUUUUCAAAAUGUUUUGGCCUAACUGCCCAGGAUCAGAGAGGGUGUUUUGUUUCUUGAUUGCUUUCAUUUAGUUAAGAGUUGUCUCGCCCAAUGCAGUAGAGAUAAAGUUUCAUCCCUAACAUUACUCCCUCUACAACAUUAGGCGCCUCCUAAUGCCAGGCUGAUAAGGCCAACCACUGCCCAACCCCACACUUUUAGGCACCAAGGUCUGCAUGGAAAUGCCAAGAUUUGGAUUUGCCCCUCCAGCAACAGAAGAGAGUUGAGCUUCUAUUAUACUAUGACUACUUGUGGCAUCUCUUUUUUUUUUUUAAUUUAAGGUUUAUUUAUUUAUUGUAUGUGAGUACACUGUAGCUGUCUUCAGACACACAAAAAGAGGACAUCAGAUCCUAUUACAGAUGGCUGUGAGCCACCAUGUGGUUGCUGGGAACUGAACUCAGGACCUCUGGAGGAGCAGUCAGUGCUCCUAACCACUGAGCCAUCUCUCCAGCCCUCCUUUGUGCCAUCUUUUUUGUCUCCUUUUUUUUGCUUGUUUGUUUGCUUUUUUUAAAGACAGGGUUUAAUGUAGCUCGGGAUGGCCUCAGACUUGCUAUGUAGCCCAUGCUGGCCUUGAACUCCUGAUCCUCUUGCCUCUACCUUUUAAGUGCUGAGAUUACAGGCAGGUGGCACCACACCUGGUCUCUUCGUGCUUUUUAUGCUUCUGCCACAAUUGCUAACCCUCCAGCCUCUUUUAUGGAGUUCCAAUUAUUUUUAUUAUAAGACUAAUAAGGCAUAAUCUUACCCUACUUAGCUGGAUACAUAUUCUCAAUAGCUGUGCUGGCUAGUAUUAUGUCAACUUGAGACAAGUAGACUCAUCUGAGAGAAGGGACCCUCAGUUGAGAAAAUGCCUCCCUAAGAUCUGGCUCGAGGCAGAUGUGGGGCAUUUCUUAUUUAGUGAUUGAUGGGGGAGGGCUCGUCCCAUUGUGGGUGGUGCCACCCCUGGGCUGGUGGUCCCAGAUAAGAAAGCAGGUGGUGUAUAAGAAAACAGGCUAAGCAAGCCAUGGAGAGUAAGCAAGGAGGAAGCACUUCCCCAUGGCCUCAGCAUGAGGUCCUGCUUUUAGGUUCCUGCCUUGUUUGAGUUCCUGCCCUGAUUUCCUUCAAAGAUGAACUAUGGUAUGGAAACAUAAGUGAAAUAAACCCUUUCUUCCGGUCUUAGUUAGGGCUUUAUGGCUGUGAUGAGGCCACAUGACCACGGAAACGCUUACGAAGGAAAACAUUUACUUUUGCUGGCUUACAGGUUCAGAGGCUUCAUCCAUUUAUUCUCCUGCCGGGGAGCAGGAGGCACACAGGCAGACUUGAUGCUGGAGAAGUAGCUAAGAGAUCUACAUCUUGAUCUACAGACUGAAGAAGACUGUAUGCCACACUGGACAUAGCUUGAGCAUAGGAGACCUCAGAACCCACCCCUGACAGUAACACACUUCCUCCAACAAGGCCACACCUGCUCCAACCAAGGCCACAUCUCUUAAUAGUGCUACUCCCUAGGGCCAAGCAAGCACACAUCUGAAUCUAUGGGGCCACUCCUAUUCAAGCCACCACACCUCCCCAUGUUGUUCUUGGUCACGAUGUUUCAUUACAACACUAGAAACAUGAAGACAUUAGCGGUAUCAAGAAAUGGUGCUUAAACUGCUGGGUUUUCAGUAUGACACAAGGCAGGAAUACCAUACACACCACAACAAAGUGCUCUACUUGGAGGGGACGUGUAAUGGCUGUGUUAGGAGUGGCUAAUUGGUAUCUCAGUGUAGAGAGACUUCCAACUGUCAGGUCCAAAGGAAACUCCAUUUCCCCAAAUUCCAAAAGGCAGUCUAAAUAUCCACAAAUGUGCUGGUCCUGGACUGCAGGGGGUUUUCUGGUGAUUAGAUAAAAGGCAAGGCAGUAUUCCUCUGGAAGCUGUGUCCCUGUGGGUGCCCGCCCCCCUUCCAGGCUUUCUCAGUAACACAAUGACCUGUUACACAUUUCAAAGUCUAGCCCUUCUCACCACCUCCUGUACCUUAAACUCCCUCUAGCUUGUGGGCUUCCCUCUCCCAGCUGCUCAUUCCUCAUUCCUCUUACAACCCUGCUAUUUUAGAUAUUCUCUCUCUCUCUCUCUCUCUCUCUCUCUCUCUCUCUCUCUCUCUUUCUCUCUCUCUCCCCCCUUCUGCUUCUGUCAUGGCCAGGUCCAGUCUGCUGGCCAUGUUCAGUCUACUUCUUUCUCUCUGCACUGGACUCCUCCAGUCCUCCAGAUGCCUCUGGCUGCUCUGCCCCUCACAUCGAUAAUAAAACCCUUCCCCUUAACCAUUCCGUGGAGCAGUCCCACCAUCUGUUUGAACACCAACCUCAACUAUAACAGGGCCAGAGGAGACAAGACUAUGUAGCUGUCUGUAUCCAGAGCAACUCCUGAGACCAAGAGGAGAAUUUACAGGGAACUGCAAAAAAAGACUAAAGGGGCCAAAACGAGGUUAUUACAGAAAUGUCUGUUAAUUGCAGGAAGCAGUUACCACUUUGAGACGGGGCUGGAAAGAUUUCAAUACUUAAAGUUUUGAAGCUUUAAGCUGGGUGUAAUGGUGCACACCUUUAACCCCAAUACUUGGGAGGCAGAGGCGGGUGGAUCUCUGAGUUCUGGGGCAAUCUGGUCUACAGAGUGAGUUCCUGGGACAGACAGGGCUACACAGAAAAGCUUUGUCUCAAGCAACCAACUGUUGGGGUAGAAAUCUCGGCUCACGCACCGGGACACCAAACCAACAUGGUUCCACGUGGAGAAGUUUAAUGAGAGAAGAAUAGAAGUGAGGAUAAGGCCGGCCAUGGGCACAUGGGGGGGGGGGAAGUGGAUGGGGUGGGGAGAGAAGGGACAGGGACAGAGGGGAAAAGAGCAGAGAAGAGAAGAGCAAAGAGAGAGCAAGAGGGAGAGGAGGGGGCAAGUAGCCCCCUUUUUAGUCAGGCACAGCUGGCUGUUGCCAGGCAACUGUGGGGGUGGAGCUUAGACCGAAUACCAACACCAACCGCCAAAGUUUAGAAGCUUAGUAGAGAGUCCCAUGGAGCCGAAAUCAGACAAGCAGAUGAAGCACUGCUCAGCCUGGUCUCUGAAGUGGAGCAAAACGAAGUUGGUUCUGAAAACAAAGGAAGAACUGCAAGCUGAAUCAAGCUGUUGUACGGAAGGAGAAAAGCAGCGCUGAAGUGUGGAGAAACGUAAGGUUGCAGGUGUUCCGGUCAAUAGACUCCUAUCAGUGCUCCUGUGAACAACCCUGACGAAGCUCACUGUGAGAAAAAGACAUGAAAGUAGAGGGGGGAUGAGUCAGGAUGAGGAAAGGAAUCAGGAGGGGUGGGAUGGGACACGGAGGGCAGUGGGUGAAUGUGAUCAACAUGAAUUGUGUACGUGUAUGAAAGCGUCAUCAUGGAAAUGAUUAUGCAUAAUGAAUGUGUCAAUAAAAUAUAUAUAUUUUUAAAGAAACGAUGCCGGGAGUGAUGCUCAAAAGCACAAAAAGCCGAAGUAAAACACGACAAAACUCCUUCCGAUCUCCUUCCCUCCGGCAGUAUCCUAAUAGCACACACCCCAUAAACAGGGAUGGCAAGGCAGGCACGUGGUUUGGAAUUGGUUCAAUGCACUAGUGGAAUUGCCUUCUGAAUUCACUUACAAUAGCAGGUGAGGGACGGAGAGUUAACACCACAUGGACUAAUCUUUGAAUCAGCAACCAGUAGUUAGUCCUGAACGGCAUCACCAGGUAGCCCAUGGAAUCGCAGCGACACAUUUGAAGCUGAGAGAUAAUAGUUCAGUAACCGACUGCCUACACUCAUCCAGCCUCACCACCAACUAGAAGAACUCUAUUACCUCCAGCAAAAUUCUAUUAUCCAAGUUUGACAUGGUGGCACAUGUCGUCAAUCGCAGCACUGCAGAAGUCAAGGCCAGUUAGGACCACAUAGUGAGAUUCUAUUUUGUUUUUUAAAUUCCAUUAUGCUUGGUAUGAAUGAAGACUAAUUUUUACCAUCUUCCAAAAUGAGGAGACACAGAGUGCUAGUAGACAGUCUGUCUGGAAAGUGUGAUCCAAGCUUUUGUACCAAAAUAUCUGCAUAUCUAUUUGGAUUGACUUUGUUUUUCAUUGCUACAGUUUUGCUCUAAAUGUUAUUAUUGUACACCAAACUACUUCAAGGAUCCUUAAAGAAUCCCUUGGCUUCAGACACAAUGUUCUCUGCCACUACUGUGUUACUGCAAUCCAAUGUGUUCUCAGUCAUUUGGAACAAUCAUCCCAGCCCAUAAUAUGAAGAGCCAAAAUAAAGAUUAUGUCAUCUCAACUUCCAAUUCUAUUGAGCCAUUGCCAUGUCUCCUGGGUAAGCAUUCUGCCCUUGUUCCCAAGCAGGAAGGCAAAGCUGCUGUGACUGGUCACAGGUAGAUUAAGGGACCCAUUUCCACUUCUACCCUGACAUCUCCUUCUGUGUGUUUUGGUUACAGAAGGAAGGACUAGCUACUGGCUGCUGAUUGAACUAUUAGUCCAUGUUGUGUUAACACUCCGUCCCUCAUCUGUUAUUGUAAGUGCAUUCAGAAGGCAAUUCCGCUAGUGCAUUAAACCUGCCCGGAGAAAAAUGUGCCAAGACAAACUCCAUAGAAAUGAGCCCACUGCUGCAUUCCUCUCACUGUCAGAUGCAGUAUUUGAUCCGGGGUAAUGUCAGAAUGCCAUGAUGGUGAGCAAGGCAUCCCGAACGUCCACAAAUGGUGACACUUGCAAACCCGACCCAAGGAAGGUAAAUGAAGUCACGUCAGUCCUUAUCGAAACGUAGUAAAGUAUCUGUCUCCUCAAUCUUGUGAGGCUCCACUCUAUGCAGUGGCUGGUGUUCUGGAACAAGUUGCUAGUGUCGAGUCUCUUUUGCUGGCCCCUGAGGCACACACCAGCCCAUAAUAACCUCUACUGUUGCUACUCUAUAUGUAGUACCAUAAGCAAACCUUGGAGAAAGAAACAUAUUGAAAACGAACCGCAUGCCAUUUUGAAGUAUUCAUGUGAAUAGCAAAUGUUCUGAUGCCCAUUUCGAGAGCUCGAGCCACACGCUUCUCCCCAAGACCUUUUAUUAACCAGUGCUCUGAAAAUUGCUUUCCCACUAAGUUUUCAAUAUCCCCCAAACUGUUAACAAGUAUUAACAAAAUAGGGUAAGUUCACACUGGUGGAUACGGUGGUGGUUUGAAUAUGCUUGGUGGGUGGCAAGUGCUACUAUUAGUAGGUGUGGACGUGUUGGAGUGGGUGUGGCCUUGUUGGAGUGGGUGUGGCCUUGUUAGAGUAAGUGUGGCCUUGUUGGAGGAAGUUCAUCACUGUUUGGGGCUGGGGGCGACUUUGAGAGCCAAUGCUCGAGCUCGUAUCUCAAGUGGAUGAAAGUCUCCUUCUGGCUCUCUUUGGAUCAAAAUGUAAAAUUCUCAGCUCCUCCAGCACCAUGGUCUGCUGGACGCUGCCAUGUUUUCCACCGUGAUAAUAAUAGACCGAGUCUCUCAAACUGUAAGCCGGCCCCAAUUAAAUGUUAACCUUUAUAAGAGUUGCCUUAUUUAUUCACAGCAAUAAAACCUUUAGACAUCACCCAGCAAAGGCAAGAUGAGCAACCCAAUGCACUGUUUAAAUGCCUCCUUCCGUGCGUAGUUUAUCACCGUUCAAAGACACGCAAGUGAAAUGAUCGCAAUUGUUCGCCCAAUUAAACAGUGCACUGGCUGGAUUAUCAUCCGUCUUCAUUACUUUUCUGUUGCUGUGAUAAAAUACCAUGACCAGAAAUGACUUACGGAAGAAAGAGUUUACUUCAAUGCCAGGCGGAUACAUCCAUCGCGACAACACGGCAGCAAGUGACAGGCAUGGUAGAAGGAACAGACAGCAGAACAAAAUGGAAGUCGGGUGAGGCUUUAAGGUCUCUAAGCCCACUCCCAAUGGCAUUCUGUCUCAGUCAAUGUUCCUUUGCUGAAGAGACACACCAUGGCCAUGGCAACUCUUAAAAAGAAAAGCAUUUAAAUCCCCUCUGCCAAUGCCUUUAAUCCAAAACUCUUCAGCUGAGUCUCAUGCAGACUUUUUGGACAGGGGCCAAAAGGAGCCACAUUCUUCACCAAAACAUCACAAGAAUGGUCUCUAGGCCACAUACUAAUAUUCUUUCCCUCUGAUACUUCUUGAGCGAGGUCCCCCACAAUUCAAAUCACCCCCAGCACUAUUGUCUUAGAUGCUUCUACUAGGAUGGCCCCAUUAAGCCUCACUUAAGUCUUAAAGUGUGAGUCAUUAAGUCUCACAAAGUCUCAAAGUGUUUCAUAUUCCUCGAAACGAAAGCCUGGUCAGAUCUGUCACAGUAAUAACCCCAGUUCCCGGAACCAACUUUUGCCUUAGCCAAUGUUCUAUUGCUGUGAACAGACACCAUGACCAUGACAACUCCUAUAAAGGAAAACAUUUAAUUGGGGCUGGCUCGCAGUUUCAGAGGUUUGGUCUAUUCUCAUGGCGGUGGCGGGGGUGGGGUGGGGUAACAUGGCAGUAUACAGGAAGGCACAGUGUUGAGAGGUAGCUAGGAGUUCUACAUCUGAAUCAUCAAGCAGCCAGAAGAGAAGGACACAACCUGGCUUGAGCAUUUAAAACCCGAGGCGCCCCCCCCCCCCGUGUCAUAUUUCCUCCAACAAAGCCACAUCUACUCCAAAAAUACUCCCCUCCUAGUGCCACGCCUUGGUGGCCAAGCAUUCAAAUAUUGAGCCUGUGGGACCAUUCUUAUUUAAACACAUAAUUCCACCAGCAAGGCUACACCUCUCAAACCUCCCCAAACAGCAUGGUCAACUAGGGACCCAAUAUUCAAAUACCAGAGCCUAUGAGAGAUGUUUCUCAUUGAACCCACCCUUCUACCUAUAAAUCAGGACCUUCUUCCACAUCUUCAUCAACUGGCGAUAAAAGAAAUUCAUGACCAUGAUGUAGCUCAGGUGAAAGAACACUCAUAUGGUAUGCACGAAGCCCUGGGCUCGAUCCCUAUCAUCACAGACCCCACACAUCACGACAUCUGUAAUCCCUGAACUCAGCAGACAGAAGUGUAAGGAUUAGAAGGUCAAGACUGGGCGCAAAGUGGCUCCCUGGCUGACGGUCCUUGCAGUGAUGUAAGCCUGGCUGUCUGAGUCAAUCCCUGGGACUUACAUCAAGGUGGAAUGUGAAAACUCACUCCCCAGAGUUGUGUUUUGUCCUCCAUGUGUGCACUACGGCAUGUGCAGUCACAUUCACGAUAGUAACGAGUAGAAUAAAAAUUCAAGGCCGUCCUCAGAUACACUGCAAGACUCUGUCUUCAACUUAAAACAACAUGUAAAAA